AUGCCGCAUGCCACCUCUCACAUACCACCUACCGCAUCCCACAUGCUGCAUGCCACCUCUCACAUACCACCUACUGCAUCCCACAUGCUGCAUGCCACCUCUCACAUACCACCUACUGCAUCCCACAUGUUGCAUGCCACCUCUCACAUACCACCUACUGCAUCCCACAUGCUGCAUGCCACCUCUCACAUACCACCUACCGCAUCCCACAUGCUGCAUGCCACCUCUCACAUACCACCUACCGCAUCCCACAUGCUGCAUGCCACCUCUCACAUACCACCUACCGCAUCCCACAUGUUGCAUGCCACCUCUCACAUACCACCUACUGCAUCCCACAUGCUGCAUGCCACCUCUCACAUACCACCUACCGCAUCCCACAUGCUGCAUGCCACCUCUCACAUACCACCUACCGCAUCCCACAUGCUGCAUGCCACCUCUCACAUACCACCUACCGCAUCCCACAUGCUGCAUGCCACCUCUCACAUACCACCUACUGCAUCCCACAUGCUGCAUGCCACCUCUCACAUACCACCUACUGCAUCCCACAUGCUGCAUGCCACCUCUCACAUACCACCUACCGCAUCCUACAUGCUGCAUGUCACCUCUCACAUACCACCUACUGCAUCCCACAUGCUGCAUGCCACCUCUCACAUACCACCUACCGCAUCCCACAUGCUGCAUGCCACCUCUCACAUACCACCUACUGCAUCCCAAAUCCUGCAUGCCACCUCUCACAUACCACCUACUGCAUCCCACAUGCUGUAUGACACCUCUCACAUACCACAUACUGCAUCCCACAUGCUGCAUGCCAACUCUCACAGACCACCUACUGCAUCCCAUAUGCUGUAUGUCACCUCUCACAUACCACCUACUGCAUCCCGCAUGCUGCAUGCCACCUCUCACAUACCACCUACCGCAUCCCUAAACCUGCAUGCCACCUCUCACAUACCACCUACUGCAUCCCAAAUCCUGCAUGCCACCUCUCACAUACCACCUACUGCAUCCCACAUGCUGCAUGACACCUCUCACAUACCACCUACUGCAUCCCACAUGCUGUAUGUCACCUCUCACAUACCACCUACUGCAUCCCGCAUGCUGCAUGCCACCUCUCACAUACCACCUACUGCAUCCCAAAUCCUGCAUGCCAUCUCUCACAUACCACCUACUGCAUCCCACAAGCUGUAUGACACCUCUCACAUACCGCCUACUGCAUCCUACAUGCUGCAUGCCAACUCUCACAUACCACCUACUGCAUCCUAA